AAAUUACCAAUACCUUUACCAAUUAACAUUCCAAUAUCAAUCCACUUUUCAAAUCAUUUUACGGUUGUGUUUUUGGAUGAAUCAAUUAUCAUAAAUAACUCAAUAAAUUGCAAGCAUAAAAUGGGAGGACAUGAAUUAAUGUUGCGUUUUUAAGUUCUGAGGAAGAGGAAUUGGUGAUUGAAGAAAUGGCAGAUGCAGCGAAGGGUACCUACAGAGCCUCAAGAUGGUCCCUUAACGGAAUGACUGCUCUUGUGACCGGUGGAACUCGUGGAAUUGGGCAUGCCAUAGUGGAGGACUUAUGUGGGUUUGGUGCCACUGUCCACACUUGUUCCAGAAACCAAGCUGAAUUGGAUAAGUGUUUGACAGAAUGGCGUAGCAAAGGUUUUUUGGUUUCUGGGUCUGUGUGUGAUGUCUCAUCUCAACCCCACAGAGAGAAGUUCAUUCAGGAAGUCACUUCCAUCUUCAAUGGCAAGCUUAACAUCUAUGUGAACAAUGUUGGAGUAAACUAUAGGAAGCCCACAAUUGAGUACACUGCUGAAGUAUAUUCACAAAUUAUGGCAGUCAAUUUAGACUCUGCUUACCAUCUGUGCCAACUUGCAUAUCCUCUUCUGAAAGCAUCUGGAAUGGGAAGCAUUGUGUUCAUUUCAUCUAUUGCUGGAGUGGUCAGCUUAGGUACUGGAUCUGUCUAUGCAGCAUGUAAAGCUGCAACCAAUCAGCUUACGAAAUAUCUUGCUUGUGAAUGGGCUAAAGACAACAUAAGGAGCAAUUGUGUUGUUCCUGCCACUACCAAUACACCACUUGUUGAACAUCUGCUUCGCAACAAGAAGUAUGUAGAAGAAAUGUUAUCUCGAACUCCUCUUGGGCGCAUCGCAAAACCUGAAGAAGUUUCUGCCUUGGUGGCUUACCUUUGUCUGCCAGCUGCCUCUUACAUCACAGGACAGGUUGUUCUUGUUGAUGGAGGAUUAUCAGUUAAUGGAUUUCAAACCAGCAUGAGAAUAACAUGACUUUCACAUAUUUCUCAGUUUAUUGUCUAUCAGCAUGAGAAUGACAUGACAACACUAUCCUUUAUUCUUGUUUUAUCCGUAAUAUUGGAGCACAUUGUGAGGAGGUUUAUAACAAGUCACACAUCUCAACUAACUGAGAUACCCUUCAUUCUUUAAUUUAUUUCAUGUGACAUUGGAUUUAAUUUCAUCCUUGGUGAUUUUGCUUU